AGUGCCCGGAAGUGUACUGCUGCGCUGCUGGUUCCGUUAUUUUGCUUAUUAUGCCAGUUCAGAUCCCACGAAAAGGAGACGCUAGACUUUAAUAGGCUUUCAUCCUGCUGAUGUGUCAGGUGAAUAUUUCCGAAACAGGUAGCACAAAUUUUACAAAAAAAAAAAAUGGGAAAAAUCCUGCUGGUGGUGGGAAUAAUCUGUGUCGGGCUCUAUCUCCAUCAGUUGCCAACCACAGAUGGAUUCGAGAUAAAUUUUCCUGGCUUGGGCAAACUGGUACUGGAGUUUACUGCAAUAAACUCGAGUCAACCUGUGCCAACCACCACAGUCGAAGAUGGGGGGAGUGAUGCGGUAGCUUCUACAGGAAAAGAAGGAAGCCCCCGGAGUGAACAGUCGGAAGGCAAGGAUGAAAUUACCACCGUUUUGAAUAAAAACGAACGCCUGGAUCAGGAACCUACACCGAAAAUUGAGGGAAGCGAUAAUACAGCGUCAGUUGAAAAUCAGCUUGAGGACAAAAAAGCAAAGCAAGAUUCUGCAGAAGGUAGGAAAGAAGAUUUAAAUGAAAAACAUGAAAAACCGUCUGAGCCAUUAGUUCCUUCCGCACCACAAAGUGACAAUAAUGCUACUACAGUAAAAGAUUCUAGUGGUGGUCAAGAGGAUGAAACUAGCAGUGCAGCUACAACACUGGAGACUAAGCCUGAAGUCAGUGGUGGCAUUAUUCCACCAGAGGACGAAAGUAAAGCAAAUCAACCUGACGAGAAAAUACCUCCAUAUGAAGAAAAUUACAAGACGCCGUCAGUCAAAUCAGAAUCAAUGUCAACCUCGGUACGACCAGAAAAGAACGAUAAGCCGAAUGAGGAUGUUACUCCAGCGAUUGAAGAAAAUAAUAGUACAGCACCAGCUGAAAAUGGGGUCGAGGACAAGAAAACUCUGCGAGAUUCUUCAGAAGAUGGACACGAAGAACCCUCGGCUGAAGAUUUAAAUGAAAAACAGAACGAAAAUCCUAAACCGUUAGCUCCUUCUGAGUCUGACCGAGCUGACAAUAGUACCUCUACAGUGAAAGAUGCUGGUACCGAUCAAGACGAAGAACCUGAAGCUAGUAGGGAAAAUGAAGAGAAAAGUAAAGCAAAUCAGCCCGAGAAGAAAACACCUGCAUAUGAAAAAAAUUACGAGAUAACGUCAUCCUCGGUACGACCAGAGAAGACCGAUAAGCCGAAUGAGGAUGCUACACCAACAAUCGAAGAAGACAAUAGUACUGCAUCAACUGAAAAUAGCCUCGAGGACAAAAAAACUACACAAGAUUCUUCAGUAGAUGGAAACGAAGAACUCCCGGCUGGAGAUUCAACUGAAAAACAGAAAGAAAAACCUAAACCAUUGGCUCCUCCCGAAUCACAAGCCGACAAAAGUGCCUCCACAGUGAAAGAACCUGAUAGUGAUAAAGAAAAUGAGCCUGAAGCCAGUGAUGGAAAUGAAGAGGAAAGUAAAGCAAAUAAGCCUCAGGGGAAAACACCUUCAUAUGAAGAAAAUUACGAGAUGACAUCAGUCAAAUCACAUUUAUCGUCAUCUUCGGCACAGUCAGAGAAGACUGAUAAACCGAAUGAGGAUGCUACACCAACAAUUAAUGGAGACGAUAGUACAGCACCAGCUGAAAAUAGGCUCGAGGACAAGAAAACUACGCUAGAUUCUCCAGAAGGCAAAAACGAAGACCCUCGCGCUGAAGAUUCAAAUAAAAAACAGAAAGAAAGGCCUAAACCGUUAGAUCCUUCCGGACCGGAAGAGGAUAAUAGUCCGUCCAUAGUGAAAGAUUCUGGCAAUGAUCAAGACUACGAGCCGAGCAGUGCCGCUACAACACCAGCGGAUAGUCCCAAAGCCAAUACAAUAACACCUAAAACCAGUGGUGGAAAUAAAGAGGAAGAAAGUAAAGGAAAUCAGCCUGACGAGAAAACACCUUCGUAUGAGAAAGAUUACGAGACAACGUCAGUCAAAUCAAAAGUAACGCAAUCCUCGGUAGCACCAGCGACAACCAGAAAGCCUUCGAGUGUUAGAAAUAAUGAUGCACAUGAACUAGCUAAGACACCUCCGCCGGCGUACAUGCCUGAGGAUUUUAAGGAAGUGGAUUCCGACCUUUGGUCUGAUGUGGAGAAACCCUCAGAGGAAUUCGGAGAAGAAUUUGAUCUCGAACCGCACAAGAUCGACCCUAGCGGCUGUCUGAAAAUCGAUACAUUUCGUCCCAGUCUCGAACUGCCACAAAGAUUAUUACAGGGCAUGUUCUACAGAUCGACACAGAUCGUCAACGAACGGAGUAGUAAACACGGAAAAGAAAACCUUUUGGGUUCCGUCCUGCUUAAAAUGCAAUCAUUAUUCAAACCACAGCAGAUCCUCGAUUUGUUGGACACCAUUCCCGGUCAAAUUCAGUCAAUAUUGGCUAGGUUCAAUCAGCAGAAGGCGACGGGCAUUCAGUCCGUGAGGGAAAAAUUGGACUCCGUAGCAGAGAGUGUAGAGCAAAAGGUUGAACAGAGCCUAUCCAGUGUAAAAGCGUGUGGUGAUAAGGUCAAAAAAUGCAUGAAGACCAUCCACCGGGUAUAUCAACCGUACCAAGCGGCAUUACAGAAGCGCAUGGGAUCGUGCGUUGCGAUGAUUCAAAAAAUUACGGAUGCACAUGAAAGUAUAAUUAAUAACCUAACCGAGAAGUCCAGUGAGUUCAUGCGAGAGGUCAAAUCAUGCGCACGCUCGAAUACUGGUGGUGCGCUUAAUUUGCAAGCCUUGCUUGGAUUUGGCAGCUGCACUGCAGAAAUGUUGAAAGGACAAAUUGAGACAGCUUUGCAGCCUGUUCUGAAACGAAUGGUGAGCCUAGGUGACCGCCUCAAGUUAAAAAUAACGACCAGUAACGACUGUUUUGAUCGAACGUUACACACGAAAGCUUUGGAAUUGCUGCAACAGCGUUUGAACACCGCAAGCCAAGAGUGUUUGCAGUAGCGUUAAAUAUUAUUUGAACAUAUUUCAAUGUUAUUAUCAUAAAAAAGUUGAAUACAGCCUUACACUAGAAUUAAGUAUAUUUUUAAUUUAUUAAAAACAAUCAA